AUGCUGAUAUACUGGACAAGAGCUAUUCUCAAAACAGGGAAUCUAAGGUAUACAAUAGAAAAUCUCACAGCCGAACUUUCUUCCGAUCACACCCCUAUAAUUCUUGAGCUACAAGCCCAAGGCACUCAAACCCUACCACCUAAAGCUUUUAAACAUACAGAUUGGACCAAAUUCAAUCUUGAUACCAAAAACAUAAUCUUUGAUCACAAGAAAAUGCAAAUUUCGGAACACGUUGACCAAGCCAUCACUGAACUUACAGCAAAAAUAGCUGACCUCGCAAACAGAAACACCCAUGUUACCAACACAAAAGAUCAAAUCCGCAACCUACCCAUCAACAUCCUAAACGCAAUCCACAAAAAACGCAAACUGAGGAAGAACUGGCAACACACAAGAAACCCAGACGUUAAGACGCUACUAACAGACAACAGCCCUAGUUCAUGA